UUAUAUUGCGCUUGAUAACUUAACAUUACACCAGGUGUUCAUUUUACCUGGGCGCCAUGUCCAGAGCUAAUACCGGCACAACCACGGCGUUCACGCACUGGGACAGCAUCACGGCACACAUCAGGGCCGCGGCAACCCACCUGAGGUCAGAGUCUAUGAAGGUCACGGCCACAAGAAGUAUUCCGGACACAACACACCCUGUUGAGUUGAAAAGUCCAGGUCAUAUUAUGAUACUGUUCUUGAUCUCACAACUAUUUUCUGAGAGACGAGUUAAAGUAAGUGUAACUUUUGUUCUGAAUUGUUUACAAUAAAACAAAACUCUCUAUUCAUCUCUGGGUCGCCUCAAAAUGGCAUUCGAAUAUUUAGUCUUAAAAAUUUGUAGAAUUAUUGGUUAUUUAACAUGUAUAGAAACUAAGAUGGAUUUAAAAAAAAAAAACUUAAUACAUUCAUUCAUAAUAAAUGCCACCCUGUAACUCCCUGGCGCCCCAAGUCACGCCCUUACUCUUAAAGGCACUUGCUGGCUCCCAUUGUGACAUGCUGACGCCCGAAGUCACGUCCCUUAAUCUUAAGGUCAAUAAGCUGGCUCCCAUAGUGACUUUCUUAUGCCCCAAAUUACGCCCUGACUAGCAAAGUCAAAUCCUGUUGACCUAUGACGACACACGUCACUUGCUCCAAAUGACACUUCAUGACGCCCUAAGUCACGCCCUAAAGACAUAAGUCAUGUUCUGAACCCCGAAGUCCCGCCUAGACUUCUAAGUCACACCCUGACGACACAAGUGACUUGAAGACCACCCCCCCCCCUUAAUAACGCCUUGAAAGUCAAGUAGCUUCACCAAAUUUUCAGCCACUUCUUUUAAACAUCAGUUCGUAUACCUGAUGUGAAGAUAAUCUUUCUGUUCUUGUUGGUGGUCAUCCCAGGUCUUUUCAUUAACACGUUCCCGAAAAUCGUCCAGGCAUACGCCCCGAGCAGACGACAUAAGGCCAUGGAAGAAACCAGCACACCUGUCU